GGUGCUGCCUGCUCACUGUGUGCAUUGGGUGGACGCAGUGCACUCAUUGGGUGCUGAAUGUUCACUGGGUGGUGUGAAAUGUGGGUGCUGCCCAUAUAUUGGGUGCUGGCCGGUCACUGGUUGGUAUCGUCAAGCUUAUUGUCAUGUGUGCACGUACAGUGAGGUACAGGUACAAUGAACAACUUGCAGCAGCAGCGUGGCAGGCACUCUUAUUGGGUUUGAUACUCACGCAUUGGGCAAUUAUUGAGAGUUCUUCCUGGAGCUUGCAUGCUCUGCGAGUUGGACCAUGGCAGUGACGACAGACAAAAGCCUGCUUUCAGCUGAGAUGCAGGAAGAGGAUGCACUGUACGAACAAUUGCUAUUCCAGGCUGCAAAAGAGAUGCAGAGCAAACUUCCAACAACACAGGAAUCUAAGCAGAUCAGACCACAGCCAGGAUUCUGUGUGAAGACAAAGACAAGAAGCAGUGAGAAGGUUUUCAUUAACGUUUGCAAAUCCGAUCAAAUCCCGCCUCCACCAGAUCUCUCUGAAGAGGACCUGGUGACCUUGUUGGAAUCAGAAGAUCCUUCAGGAUAUAGGAUUCCCAUGAGCCUUGGUGAACCUCAUGCUGAAGUUGACAACAGUGGUAAUGGAUGUACUGCAUAUGACAUAGUUAUCAAUUCUAAGUUUUACAACAAAAUUCAGAACAAUAAACUCUUCAUGGAGUUUUUUAUGACUAUCGGAUUUGAAGGAUUAGAGAACAAGUAUAACUUGGAGCUUUCCAGAGAAUGGCGAAUGUUGAAAAACAGGAAAUUUCUGGGAUCUGUAACAGAACAGAACAUUAGAACAAAAUCAAAACCUGUCAUCCAGGAACUGAAAUCCAGCACUUUGUCCCCAGGAAGCUGCACAAAGCCUCUUGUAUCAGAAGUAGAAAGUACUUGCAUGGAACCGGAAUACACGAUAGUGGCUGAGCCUGCAGACCAACACCCCAGCUUUCUGAUAGCAGAAAUUUCCUUGCCAAAAGUGGAUUCAGUAGGAUCAUUACUGCUUGACCUGGGAGAGGACCGAAUUGUGUUGUGGGCCAGGCCAGACCUUUAUCACCUCGACAUUUACAUCCCAUACAACAUAACCCCAGAGGAAAGCGGUUCUCAGUUCAACAGAAAUACCAGGGUUCUGACUAUAACGAUGCCGGUGCAGCCUGCCUAAGACCGUGAAUGCUUCCAGGACCGGCAGUACUCAUGAAGAGCAGACAACCAGGACUUGUUCUCCAUUCCCAUGUGCUCACCAUCACUGCACUUCUGUUGUGUCACUUUCCAGUCUAAUGACAUGGCAUUCACUUCAUAUUAUUUUUGCAUUGUCAUAAUUGCGUUUUAAAAUAGGUUUAUUAAAUUCAGGCCUGGAUCCAGUGAGUUAUUGCCCUUUAUUACAUCCCUUGUCCCAAGCCAUGGCCUCAGACCACCAUCUGGUGUGUGGCCUACGUAUACAGGAGAUAUUAACUGUCAGAGCUGGUCAGCUAUUUCACAGCAGAGGGCUGAUUGGCUGUGCUCAGUGCUGUGUUAUUGUCAUUGCAUUCAUAAUAAAUGAUUCAGAGUCAAGAUGUUGGCUAAUUGUUCAAAUGCACAGCGGGCUUGCCUGCUUUUGUAGCAAGGACGUGGUUUUAAGCAGAGCCUGUUCAUUGGAGUCCUACAUUUUGAUA